AUGGCGUCGAAGGUGGUAUUUGGCAUGGCUGUCAUGAAGACGUUGAAGGACGAGAUGCUUGUUAAUCAGAGGCGUUGUCCGUUGCGAAACACACCCGUCACCGCCGCUGCUCCUCCCAUUAAUCUCUUACGCAUUCCAACUCUCUGUUCCGUUGUCGACGUGGACACCGGAUCACGCUCUCCUCUUCUCCAACCUCAUUACCGUCAAUGA